AUGGUUUACACGGUGGAUUCUUCAAAUUCUCCACGAUUUUCAACGGACGGUGCCAACAGUCCUCAAAGGCGGAAGAACUUGCCGUCUCCGAAACCACAAACGGUGAGCGGUGAGGCUGAAUCGAUCAAUUCUAUGCUAGAGCAAUCGAAUGAUUCGGUGGGGAUUGAGAGUUCGGACAGUAAAAAAGGCAAUGCAGGUAAGGCAAAGAAGCCGGCUUGGAACAAACCAACAUCGAAUGGUGUAGCUGAGAUUACCAGUCCUGCUAUGGAUGCAAUUUCAUGGCCUGCUUUAUCUGAAUCUACUAAGGCUUCUCCAAAAUCAUCACCUGCUGAAUCCUCUUCAAAGAUCGUCUCUGAUGGAUCAAUACCCACUUCUCAGGGACCGGUGAUAGCAAACUCACCUAAGAAGCAAGUUAAUAGUAAUGCGAAAUCCAAUUCGGCAACAAACCAUACAAUGCCAGCUCGGCAAAGGUUGAUGAAGCGUGGCGGCGGCGGCGGCAGUGGUAGUGGAAGUACUUCAGGAGGUGGACAUUCACAAAACAGCUUUACUCAUCCUCCGCCACCGCCACCGCCGCCACCACCACCACCACCAUUUCCUAUAUUUGCAAUGCCUCCCAAUGGUUUUGCGAAUCUGUUACCGGCUAUGUCAGAUUCAUCUCCUAGAGAGCCUCUGUACAGAGCCAAUAAUUGGGAAUCUAGACCUGUUGGGAGCUUUGUUCCUCAGCCACCUGCAGCAAGCGACUACCGACAUUCCUCACGGAGAGCCAACUUUGGUUCCCACCGUAAUAAUUUUGGUGGAAAACGUGAUCAGGACCGUGGGCAUUAUGGACAUGCAAGAGAUGUUCAUGUGCAGCAACAGAGAGUUCAACCAAGGGGCUUUGUUAGGCCUUCACCACCAAAUAGUGGUACAUUUAUUUCUCCCCAGCCUGCUAGACCCUUUGCAAAUCAGAUGGGUUUUCCUGAUGUGCUAUAUAUGACUUCUUCUCCAAUGAGUUUGGAAAAUUAUGUGCCACUCAUGCCUCAUGGACCACUGCCUCCGCCACCCAUAAUGUUACCCAUUCCUGAACCUCUACCUCGUUCGCUACAACGCCAGAUAGAAUACUAUUUCAGCGAUAUUAAUUUAUCCAAAGAUGAGUUUUUGAAGUCAAAGAUGAAUGAUGGAGGUUGGGUUCCAAUCAGUUUAAUAGCGGGCUUUAAUCGAGUUAGGCUAAUGACAAACAGCAUUCAGUUUAUAUUGGAGUCCUUGAGGACUUCAACUUUUCUCGAAGUACAGGAUGACAAAGUGAGGAGGCGAAGUGAUUGGAUGAAUUGGCUGCCUAGUUCUACACUGCCUCGCACUGAGUUGGGUCUUCAGUCCUCUGGUGCAACAAGUUCUGAUACUCUGACGACUUCAUUUCAAAAGGUCACAAUGGAGGAUGUAGCUGCUGAUCAGGAUAGCUCAACAGCUAAGACAUAUGAGUUAACUAUCCAGGCAGAAAUCUCUCAUCAGGAGGGUGCUGAUUGCUGA